GGAACAGCGUUUGGGAUAUUCCAAAGAUGUGAGGAAUGAUCACGUGGGUGAUGGUCGGGCUGCUCCUGGCUGCGGAAACUUGUGGCAGAAACGUUCUAUCCGGGAACGGUAACGGGAAGGAGGAGACGGACCAGAAGGACGGUCUGAAAGGAGUCACCGCUGCCACCGACGAGGAGGAGGUCUACCGUCUAACGUGCUACACUUGCGUCAACGUCAGCGAUAACCAGAUGUGCAACGAAUGGGCCAUAGACACGCCGUGUCCGGCGGCCGGCCGGGACUUCUGCAGAUCGCUGCACAUUUUGGACAGCAAAGGAAACAGCGUCUUGGUGAGCAAGAGCUGCGCGAGCAACGAUGAAUGCGGUCCAGCCUCGGUCGGUUGCAUCCCGGUGGACACGCAGCAGAUCUGCAUCAGCUGCUGCGACCUGAGCUACUGCAACAUCGAGUCGCCGACGAACGCGACGAACGCGAUAUUCUCGCGUAAACGUCGCGCCAAGUCGAAGUCGAAGCGCAAACGACCAGGUAGAAACGGGGUCGAGGGCAGCUCCCGAUCGUACGGGACCGGCGCCCUGUGGAUCCUUGCCUCACUGUUCUAUGCAUAUCAUUGCUGAGGAAGCAGCAACGCGGAAGCACCCGGCAGCACAGAAGACGCCAGACAGCAGCAUCCGGGAUUUCGUUCUCCAGAGA